AUGUCCGCGCACCUCCUGCUACCGGGCAUCCUGCGCGCCCAAGGGCGUUCAGUCGUUUCUCUACCUCCAAAAUCAUGCAUACAGUUCCGCUCGUUCUCUAAUUCUCGACCAAUACAACCCUACUCAAGAUUUACGCUCGCAUAUAAAGCAUCACCGCUAAUUACCCAACACCGGAUCCAACCACUAACUGCACAGCCGUGUCUCCGUCGUGCGCUGUCAUUAUUCCCUUGGUCGAAAGCAUCGUCUACGCCUGCCCCAGCGGUCGUAGCGAAGGUCGCUCGUCUAGAAGCAGAAGCCAACGCAAAUCCAGAUGAUGUUGCUAAGCAGCUCGCCCUGUAUCAAGUUCUUGUAGACACGCAAGUAAAAGCAGGGUAUGAAGUAGUCAUAACUCGUUGGGAGAGGAUGUGCGAAUUCAAUUCAACAUCACCGCUUCUUCAGUCCGAUGCAGCGUUCCAGCUGUAUCUUACAUCCUUACUUAAGACUGGUCAAGAGGUUUCAGUCAACUUGGCCGUUCGCAGACGUGAUUCGCUUCUUGCUGCCGCUGCUGGUACUACUACCGCUACAGACGCCUCACUGACUGAUUCUCCGGCUAACGCUUCGAAUUCCCCUUCUGAUGCUCCUUCAACAUCGUCGCCGACACCACCUCCAUCUCGAAGUCAAGAGAUUGCUUCCGAUGUACUUGCUGGGCGCGCAGAACCUUUACUCGCAACUUCUCGUCUUGACGGUGCCUCGGCUUCCCAGAGCACGGACACGGCGAAUCUCGCAGCUGCCCUAAGCAAGGGUAGUGGCGUAAGCGGUAAUCCGAUUCAUGUCACUAUCAGUGAGCCAAGAGGGUCUACAAUCAUGCGUCUCGUGCGGUUCUUAGUUUUGACUGCCAUGGGUGGAUUCUUCAUUCUCGUCAUCUUGUCUGUGCUCUUGGAGAAUUCUGGCUUACUCAAACCUGUUCCUCGGCAAGCAGAGUUCGAGCCACUUCAACAAAGAACCAUACGGUUUAGCGAUGUCCAUGGUGUCGACGAAGUGAAAGAGGAACUUCACGAUAUCGUAGAAUUUCUCAAGGAUCCCACUGUUUUUGCGUCCCUUGGUGGUAAACUUCCAAAAGGCGUCUUGCUAACGGGACCCCCCGGUACCGGUAAAACCAUGCUCGCACGCGCUAUUGCCGGAGAGGCGGGUGUGCCAUUUUUCUUCGCGUCCGGCUCCGAGUUCGAGGAGAUGUUCGUGGGUGUUGGCGCUAAGCGUGUCCGAGAGCUUUUCGCAACCGCUCGUAAGAGACAGCCCGCCAUUAUUUUUAUCGACGAAUUGGAUGCUGUUGGUGGGAAGCGCAGUCACAGGGACCAACAUUACAUGAAACAGACCUUGAAUCAACUGUUGGUGGAAAUGGAUGGUUUCUUGCAAAGCGAAGGCAUCAUCGUCGUUGCCGCGACUAACUUCCCAGAAAGUUUGGACCUUGCUUUGACGCGCCCGGGCCGCUUUGACAGGAUCAUCGCUGUUCCUUUGCCCGAUAUCCGUGGUCGAGUCCAACUCCUCCAGCAUUUCAUGAAAGAGGUGGUCGCAAGUGUUGCUGUCGAUCCGAAGGUAUUAGCACGCGGUACGCCAGGGUUCUCCGGCGCCGAACUGCAAAACAUGGAUCGUAUUCUUUUGGGAGCCGAGAGGAAGAGCGCAUACAUUGACGAGAAGAACAAGUUGUUGACCGCUUACCACGAGGGUGGCCAUGCCCUGACAGCUCUUUAUACAGAUGGUGCCAUGCCCCUCCACAAAGUCACGUGUGUUCCGCGUGGUCAUGCAUUGGGCGUCACUUCCCAACUUCCUGAAGAUGACCGGUAUUCAGUAACGCAGACGGAGUUCAAAGCCACGAUUGACGUUUGCAUGGUUUAUGGGACUGGGGGCCUCACAAGCGGCGCCUCAUCUGAUCUCCAGCAUGCCACUCGUACUGCGACCGCUAUGGUCAAGAAAUGGGGUUUCUCGGAAAAAGUUGGUCCUGUGUUCUAUAGCGAUCAAGAUGAAGCGAUAAGCCCUGCUACAAGGGAGAAGAUAGAUGCGGAAAUCACCAAGCGAGUAACUUCUGUUGAAUUACUGCAACAAGGUGAGGCGCGGGCGACCAAACUUCUAACGGAAAAGAAAGAGGAACUACAUCGGCUUGCGCACGCCCUGGUAGAACACGAAACUUUGGAUGCCGAGGAAGUAAAGAAGGUCAUCAGGGGCGAACCAAUACGGAAUAUCAAGGAAAAGAUUUCUCACGAUGAGGUCGCGGAGGUUGCGUCAGAGGAAAUUCCUGCACUGACAUGA